UGGCAUUAAAAGUUGCUUUCCUACUCACUACUACUGCCUAAAGCUCUAGUAUAAAUUCAUCCACACCCCCUUCCAAUUCUCUUUCAUGUUCACUCCUCCUUUCCUUGAUUCCUAUCUCUUAAAUCCCUCUUCCACAAUCCAUUCAUCAAAUAUCAAAAAUUCUACCCAAAACCAAAAUAUGGGUUUUGUUUGAUCUUACUUUUGUCCUUUUGAUCUAAUAAACCUCCAAAAACUCAACCGUCUCAAACCAAACAAAAAGUCCUCUGUUGCUCCCCUGUUUUUCUGUUCAUUUACUCUGUUUUUUUUUUUUUUUUUUUCCUGUCACUUUUCAAAAUGUCAUGCUCAAGUUUCCAAGGCCUACAAUCAUGCUUGGAGCCAGCUCGCCUAGUUGAACCAUGUGUUUUGAGGCUAAAAUUGGCUCCACCGAAAUCCAUUGUUUCGCGUACUAGUUCAUCCCCAGUGGGCAAUUCUUUUGAUUAUGACUCCAAAAACACCACCAAUAAUACGGUGGACAUGGGUGGCUGGAGUUUCCUUCAAAAUCUUGCCAAAAACACGUCUGAAAGCAAUAAAGGGACUGAAAAAAUUUAUAUUCCACCAAAUUGUAAGCGCUCUGCUUGUAAGCUAAGUGAAAAGAGCUUAGAAAUGUGCACUGAAAGCUUAGGCAGUGAGACCGGCAGUGAUGGCGGGGAAAGUAGCGAUGAAAUGGCUUUACUCUGUAGUUAUUCAAAUGAUAAUAAUGAAAACAAAUCAUCAAAAUUGAAAGAAACGAGAAGAAUGAGACGUAGCGCUAGCUUUCCACCUCCUUUGACCUCAAUUAGUGGCUCCACUAAUGUUCAAGUGAGGCCGCACAGAGAAGACGGUAGGCUAGUUUUGAAAGCAGUAAGCGUUUCUUCUUCUAAGGCUUAUUUCCAUGCAGAGCGCAUUAACGGCAGGCUUAAGCUUCAUUUAAUGAACUAUGACACCAAUGGAGAAGACGAAGAAGAAGAAGAAACUGAGGAAACAUUAGUUGAUGAGGAAAAUGAAGAUGAAGAAGAAGAAGAAGAAGAAGAAGAAGAAGAAGAGGGUUUAGAGGAAAAUAAUGGAAAUGGUGGGGGUGAAAUGGAAAUGGAGAAAUUGCAAAGGCCAAGCAGGUGCAAAGAAGGUGGGAAUGGAAGCAAAAGCUUGCUUAAUUGGAAGCCAUUUUUGGUGGCUACUUAAAACAACUUCUAUCCUCUGUUUCUUUCUAAGUUCACUAUUAUAGCAUUUAGUUCCAUCUUUGUCUCAUUUUUCUUUUAAACUUCAGUGAUUAUAAUUUUAGAUUUUGGCAUCUAUAAAAUAUGCUUAUGGUAGUUAUUAUCGUUAGUGGACUUGGUCCUUCCUCUCUGUCUCUGUCUCUGUCUCUUUUAACUUUCCUCUCUAGCAUAUGACUUCAUUUUGUCUUCCCAAAAUACCCUUGGGAAUGAUUUUGUAAGUUAUAAAUUUAUAAUAUAUAAUAAUACAUACUCUUUAUUCUUA